AUGGCCCGCACCAACGCUUCCUGGUCUGAAGAGAACUUUUCAUGUUCCAUCUGUCUGGAUGUGUUCGACAGUCCAGUUUCCACACCAUGUGGACACAACUUCUGCAGAACCUGUGUUACAAAGUUCUGGGAUGAACAAGUCAAGUUCAAAUGUCCUCUUUGCAACAUGGCUUUCAACGCAAGACCUGAUUUAAGGAUUAAUACCCUCUUAUCAGAGCUGGCCGCUCAGUUUCAAACAUCCAUACGAGUAAAAGAUCAGCUCUGUGUUAAACGUGGAGAAGUUCCCUGUGACGUCUGUACUGGGACCCAGCUGAAGGCCGUGAAGUCGUGCCUAGUGUGUUUUAUCUCUUACUGCCAAACUCACCUGGAGCCACAUCAGAGAGUCGAAGUCCUAAAGAAACAUCGGCUGUUCGAGCCUAUGGACCGUCUGGAAGACAGGAUGUGUAAGACACACAAUCAACCUCUCGAGCUCUUUUGCAUGAUUGAACAGGUGUGUGUGUGUCAGUUCUGCACCAAAACAGACCAUAAGUACCAUCCUGUUGUACCUCUAAAGGAGGAAUAUGAAGUGAAGAUGGCCCAGCUGGGGAAGAUAGAGGCUGAAGUUCAGCAGAUGAUCCAGGAGAGACAAAAUAAUAUCCAGGAGAUUAAAGAUACAGUUAAUCGCAGCAAAGCAGAUGCAUUCAGAGAGAUAGCCGAUGGUGUGCACGUCCUCACUGCUCUGAAGCGCUGCAUUGAAAAGUGCCAGGAUGACCUCAACCAAAUGGUUAAAGAGAAACUGAAAUCCACAGAGAAACAAGCUGAAGACCUCAUCGAAGAGCUGGAGCAGGAAUUAGAAGAUCUGAUCAAUAGAUGGUUCGAGGUGAAGCAGCUCUCACAAACUACAGACCACCUCCACUUCCUCCAGGCCUUCAGAUCCCUGAAGGAUCCUCCACCCACCAGGGACUGGACCACGGUGGAGGUCCGUCCUCCGUCAUACGUUGGGACCUUGGGGAGAUCCCUGGAUCAGCUGGAGGGGACACUGAACAAGGAGAUGAAGAAGCUGCGUGAUGCUGAACUGAAGAGGGUCCAGCAGUAUGAAGUAGAUGUGACUCUGGAUCCUGAUACAGUUCAUCCCGAGCUCGUCCUGUCUGAGGAUGGGAAACAAGUACAUGGUGGAGAUGUAGCGAAGGCCCUCCCAGACAACCCUAAGAGAUUUACACAGGGUCUAUGUGUUCUCACGAGGCAGAGCUUCUCAGGGAGAUUUUAUUUUGAGGUCCAGGUUAAAGACAAGACUGCGUGGUAUGUAGGAGUGGCCAGAGAGUCCAUCAACAGAAAUGAUCGGAUCAUAAUGACCCCUGAGAGAGGUUACUGGACUCUCUUCUCCUACAAGGAUGGUUUGGUAUUUAGUGAUGACCCUUUUGUCCGUCUCCUUCUGAGAGCUGAGCUCCAGAAGGUGGGGGUGUUUGUUGAUUAUGAUGAGGGUCUGGUCUCCUUCUAUGAUGUGGAAGCCAGGGUCCAUAUCUACUCUGCUACUGGCUGCAGCUUUACUGAGCCUCUCUAUCCAUUCCUCUGUGCAUGUCGCUAUGAUUAUGAAGGUAACAACUCUGCCCCCCUGAUCAUCUCACCUGUCAAUCAAACAGACUAAGACCUUUGUUUGAUAAUAAAAUAAUGAAACGACCAAAACAACUAAUGUUGUUUCAUGAAUUAGAAUCUCCACCAUGUGAGAUCUGAGAGAACUGUAUUCAUAUCUUACUGCUGUCAUAUAACAAGGAGUAAUUCAGUAGGAAGUGAACCCUGACUAUUAUAAAUGAUAACCCAUUCUGAAUUAUUAGGUAACAUUAUAUUCUUUAUUGUCUGUUUUCUCCAGUCUUUUAAGGUUUACUGCUAUACAAUUGUUAUUGGUUGCAGUCAUGCAUAGCAUGGUUUCAGAAUUGUAUUUCAUUAUCUUCUUAACAUUGUUAGUUUAUAGUUCGGAAUCAUGAAUGCCAACAUAAUCAAAUGUAAAAAUACUUUUCUGAUGUCAAUAAAAA